GGAGAGUUUUUCUCAAUUUUUAUAGUUUCUAGGGCAUUCUCUGCAGAUUUCUUCACCUUAAGCCAUGGAAUUACCCCCAAAAGUGAAAAACAUUUUGCUUUUGGAUUCGGAAGGAAAGCGUGUAGCGGUUAAGUAUUACUCAGAUGACUGGCCAACGAAUUCAGCCAAGGAAGCAUUCGAAAAAUCCGUGUUCACCAAGACUCAGAAAACUAAUGCCCGGACCGAAGUGGAAGUGACAGCAUUGGAGAACAACAUUGUUGUGUACAAAUUUGUGCAAGAUCUCCAUUUCUUUGUUACGGGCGGUGAAGAGGAAAAUGAGCUUAUAUUAGCCAGUGUGCUUGAGGGACUCUUCGAUGCAGUGACCCUUCUCCUUAGAGGCAACGUUGACAAGAGAGAGGCACUAGACAACCUUGAUCUCAUCUUCCUGUGCUUUGAUGAAAUUAUCGAUGGCGGUAUUGUUCUGGAGACGGACGCAAAUGUGAUCGCAGGUAAAGCAGGGAUCAAUAGCGCUGACCCUAACGCUUCUCUAUCCGAGCAGACGAUAAGUCAGGCACUCGCGACUGCAAGAGAACAUUUGACAAGGUCACUUAUGAAAUAAUGUGUGUGUUGCUCUUCAGAUAUAAUGGUGUUGUUGUCAUCGUCAAUUGUGGUUGAGUGAUUAAACUCUUAAAUAUAGAAGUUACUUCGGA